UAUACCACUUACUUCCGAGCUUCAGUUGUAGAAUGGAGGCAUAUAGAUAUCACCAUGAGAUAGGCCAACAUGGAAAUCAUAAAUACAGGCUUGCCAAAUUUACGAACCCAGUGUACUGGCUUGCUGGUCUGGUAUCCCAACUUGCCUCUCUGAGAAAAAUAGAAUGUAAAAAAACCCGUGUGUUUUCUUCAGGUAUACCCUUUUGAAAUUGUAAUACCACACACUCUACCAAGAUGUUUGGAAGUUUAUUCAGUCACCAUUCUGCUACUUUGGUAGGGAUUAUUUUGAGCUUCAUCGUGUGUACGUCAGGAGAAAACAUUGGAUUGGGUUCAGGACUUUCUGGAGAGUUGUCAUGCUAUACCCCCUGUGCGGAUGCAUCUGGAGCGUCAGGUAUAUCUUUACCCCCGUGUCAUAUCACCAUAAAAGGAAGUUGCCCGUACAUCUACAAUGAGCGUAGUCGCGAGGCACCGGGUGCCCCCGGUGAGGCCAGGUUAGACUCUUCUUCCUACAUAGCAACAGAUGGACAGAGAUACCUGGAAAUGAUCCCACAGUGGACCUCACCUUCAGAAAACAUCCAUCUUCUGACUGGAUAUGAAGCUCAGGUCCGGUGUACUGCGAAUGAUUGUAACGCGGAAACUUUCUGCGUCAGAAUAGAUUUCAACAGAACACUGACAGUCAAUGAAACACGUUUCAAUAUGUCAUUGACAUGUCAGUAUGGAGAUUUUGCGAGGCCCGGUUCAGAUUACACCCUCGUCGUACGAAGCCUUCCAGGCAAUCUGAUUGGCAAUCAAAAUGAAAUGAGAAUUGAGGCAACACUACCUAGUUGUAAAGAUGUACCGGACUUACAUGCUUGCACCUCGGGUAAUUCCAUACCAUCACAAUACGAUCUUGGUGUAUUUCAGGACAGCUCUGGCAAUGUAAUUGUGACCUUUUCGCCUGAUAGCAACAGUGGAUAUACAGAUUUUCUAGUCGGCAUCGAGAAUGUAAAUGAUUGGGAAAUAUAUUUUGAAGAAAUAGUUACCUUGUCGGGGAAUGGCCAACCGCAUGCUUCUUUUCAGAAUGUGCCUGAAGGAACUUAUAGAGCAUUUAUUAUGAUUGAAGAUUGUGAGGAUUGUGCUAAGUAUGAAUCCAGAAACGUGACGAACAUCAAAGCUGUGCCCAUUCCUGCCUCCUCGACGACCUCUCCUGCACCAUCAAACACGUCUACUACCUCAUUCCCGAACACUCCUGUCCAAUCAACGACCGGUGUUCAAGACCCAACAAGACAGGGUCUGUUGUGGGUAGCACUCUCUGGAGCUCUAGGUGGGGUUCUUUUGGUCGUACUGAUCUUGGUUGUUGUUCUGCUCACCUGGAAGAGAAGCACAGUUCCCUCUCAAGAGUUCCAGGAGACCAAGGUUAAAGGAGAAGGUGAAGACCCUCAUCGGAGGAAUAUUCAAUACAGUGACUAUGAUUCCCUGGCUGGAUCCGGGUGUACAAACCCUGGGAUGAAUGGAACCAUUGUUCCAGAUGACCCUAGAUACACCAGCCCUUCCAUUCUACCCGCCACCGUUCACCAUGACAACUUGGCCAAUGGAAGACUCCUCCUGGAAAGCCAGUAUUAUGCCGAUUCGAUGCCUUACAAGGAGAUGGACAGUAUCAGCAAGGUUGUGGAUAUCCCUCCCCCAGAACGAUUAAUCAACUGCAAUCGGUGCGAUCAGCCAGAUUCACCCGAUUCAGGAUUAGAGUCGGUAUACUCAGAUAGUGCCAUGGAAGAUGGGAAGACUCUGUUCUCUAUAGCAUUGACUUCUCUGGGGGAGGAAGUGUAGUAUCAACCGGAACAUUCGCAAGUCUUUAUUCUUUAUUCAACAGUACCCAGGAAAAUAUCUAGUCAUUAUACACUGUAAAAAGUUUUGUUAUACAUUUGAAUUUCAUAAUGCUCUUAAUAAAAAUAAGGUAAACAAACCUCUUUGCAAUUUCUUUUGUUUAUUAGGAGUAAUUUUCUC